AUUUCUCGGUCUAACGCCGUGAUCAUAUCUUUUUCGUAUCGGUUUAACACUGUAAUAAUAAUUAGAAUAAUAAUACUAAUAAUAAUAAAAGGACGAAACACGUGAGACGCGAUGUACAAAUGUGAGCAUCUGUAUUGGUCGAUUUUUAUUUUUUUAUUGAUAAAAUAUCUACGACAUCUUUCGAGUACAAAUUAUUAGAGAAAAAGAGAGAGAAAGAUGUGUGAAUAACAAAAAAACGAGCAAAAUGUUUCUUCUGAUCGUAGGUGAGACAACCCCAACACCGCCACCCCAUCCACCACCACCGGUGCCACCCAGACGAAGAAAGAAAAAAAUAAUAAACGCAGGAACUCCUCCGAGGGAAGAAGAAAAACAAGAAGAAGUAAAAGUUAGGAUAUGUGCGAAGAGAAUUGAUCGGAAACGUCUACCUCCACCACCUCCACCUUUUCAAAUACCAAGAAAAAAUAAGACCAAACUCGUUGAUAAAAAUCAGAUUCAAACGAGGAUUAUAAUUCAUGAACCAUCUCCGAAAGUUUACGAGGACGAACAAAGUGAGAUUGUUUCGUUAGAUUAUUCUUCUAAUUCUGAAAAUAAUGUUUUGAAAACAGGGGAUGCAAGUUUAAAGAAAGAGUUGAGGGUUGAUGAGAAGCCUAAGAAAGAGUUGACGAUGAGUUGUGACAAAAAUUACAAGGUUGAUGAGGAUCCUAAGAGAGAGUUAAAGGUCAAUGAAAAUGAAAGGCCCAAACAGAAGUUGAAGGUUUAUGAGAGUCCAAAACGAGAGUUGAAAGUUAGUGAAAGUGUUCAAAAUGAUUUCGAGGUUGAUGAGGAUCCUAAAAGUGAAUUGAAAGUCAAUGAGAGGCCUGAAAGUGAUUUGAAGAUUUAUGAAAGUCCCAAAAGAGGUUUCAAGGUUGAUGAGAGGCCUACAAGUGAAUUAAAGGUUGGCGAAAGUCCACUAAAAGAGUUCAACGUUAGUGAAAGUUCACUAAGAGAGUUCAAGGUUAGUGAAAGUCCGCUAAAAGAGUUCAAGGUUGCUGAGAGUCCACUAAGAGAGUUCAAGGUUGCUGAGAGUCCUAAAAGAAAUGUAAAAAAUAAUGAAAGUCCUAAAAACUACAAACCAUCUAUUACUUCACCCAGAUACGGGGAUAUAGUCAGGAAACAAGAAUUCAAUAAAUAUCCACCCUUAUUUUUCACCCUCGAUGAUCUUCAAAAUGUCAUAACAGACAAUCCACCAAUUGAAAACAGAUUGGAAGAGUCAAGAAUCGAAGAGAAUGUGAUAAGAAAUGUCAUUGAAAAAGAAUUGAACGUUGAAGACGAAGUUACGAAUGAUUCUUUCAUCGAUAAUAAUAUCACCGAUGAAAACGAGAUUUGUUUUCGCGUAACACCGACAAAUUUCCCCUUCGAGAAAUGUUUAGAAAGAUGGAAGACAUCGUUAGAAGACAACGCGGAAUUUGGGAUCGAUGAAAGGAACAGUUUUAUUUUUGAGGAUUACAUCGACAGAAGUAACAGGUUGAACAUUAGACGAUCAAGAUCACCCAUGUGUUAUGAUAUUCUUGAAACUGAUGGAAAUAUCAUCGAGGAACACACAGCAACCAAAGUGAGAUUCGUGAUUGAAUCACCGAGUUCUUCCACUCCUGAAUUUGAUAGUCUUCCAAAUAUCGAUUCGAUCCUGAACGAAGAAACCUCCGAACAACCGAUAAAUAAUCUCCAACAAAAUCAGAACAUUGAAGCUCGCGACAACGCUGAUUUAUUCGGUGAUAUACCUUUCGGUUCGUUAUUGCAGAACAAUAACGAUGAAAAAUCCGAAGUAAUUUAUUCGGUUAAUUUAUUUAAAGAAAAUUUCGAGAGUGAGAAUAAAGGGGAGCAAGAUGAAGAUAGAUCUAACAAGUUUUCUUAUAAUACUAUAUCCUUACCUUCGGAAAAUUGUUUUACAGAGAAAGAGAUGACGGUAGGUGAAUUUGAGGUAGAACGUAGUUUAUCUCAGAAACUAUCAGGGGAGUUAGAAAGUUCUAAAAACAAUAGCACCAACUCAAACGCAAACAACAAUAACAACAAGAGCGUUGAUUACAUUCGGGAGAAUAAUAAUCAGAAUACUGUGAAUAUUCUUGAAGAUGAAAACUAUAAACCGUAUUCACCAAAACGAUCGAACACGAACGAACGUAGAAAAAUUUUUGUAACUCAAGCAGUUCGUAGUUUCAUGAACGACGAUUCUUUAGUUUGGGAUGAAUCCGAUGAGGAAGAUGAAGAAUUUAUUGAUCAAAAUUCUUUAAAGUUAGAAAUUGUGAAGGAAGAUAAAAGUCAAGAUUCAAGUGUGACAAGAAUAGAAGAAUUAAAAGGAGGAUCGAUUUUAAGUGUGCCAAGUUUCGAAGAGUCUAUCGAUAAGAUCGUUGAUGAUUCAAUGAGCAAAGAAAGUUGUAGUAAUGGUAGUUGCAGUGUUCCAGUUAGCGUUAGACGAAAUUCUUUUUUAGAAACUAUGCUAUCGGAUGGUGAAAAUCAAGCAAAUUGGAAUACUCAAGGAUAUUGCGAGAUCGUAGCGAUUCAUCCAAAAAAUGAUCAUCCAUUGGUUUCGCUCGAGGAAAUCAAUGAAAGAGAUUCGAAUUUACAGGAACUAAAAAAGAAAAAGAAUCGAUGUAAUAAAGAAGAAAAUGAUAAGAAUUCGUUGAAAGAUAAACAAAAGGAUAUCGUAGACGUAAAAAGCAACGUUCUGAAUGAGCUGCUAUCAAACUUUGCGACGAUCAAAUUGAGAAGUGUGGUGGAAGAAAAGAAAGUGAAAGAGGAUUCAGUGAAUCUAAAGAAUGUAGAGUUUGUCUUUUCAGAUAAGAAGGAUAAAGUAGAAGAAGCAGAAAUAGUAGUAAUAAAAGGAAAAAAAAAUGAUGUGGCAGAUGAAGACGCAAGGAAGAUUACUACGAACCAGAUGGCGGUUCAGCGAAUUCAAGCGGAAAUAAAGGAGAGCCGACAGCUGGACAAGCAGAUGAAAAAGUCCAAGAGUCAAGAAAAGAUUUCCGUGUCUGACUUAAAUCUUACGUAUCUUAGAGAUACGAAAGAUCGAUCGAAGGUAGUUAAGAAUAUCGACGAUAAUUCUGUUCAUGAAAUUGUUCAGAAUGAAAUGAUGAACAAAAAAAUGAUUGAUAAUUUAGAAGAAGAAGAAGAAGAAGUGUGUAGAAAUGACUUAGAAGAAAUAGAUUUUAAAAAGAAGAAAAAUGAUACAGAAGAUAGCGCUGAUAAGUGUGCCAUAGUUAGAGAAAAGACUCCCAUUGUAAUAACCCAUCGUAAUAAUGAUGACAAUAACAGGGCCAUAACGACACCCGUAGAUUUAAGUAACGACCAAUCGUUAGCUGAUCAUGAUGAGAAUCUAACGAUAAUUCCCGGUAGCGUUAGGAAUUUUGUUAAGUAUUAUGAGAUCCGUCAGGAAACGACGGCCUUUGAAGAUUCUAAAAUUAAUGAUAGGAAGACAUUAGUUAGAUCGAAGGAAGAACGUUCGAACGUAUCGAACAAGAUCAAAAAUUUCGAAUUUAAGGAACAAUUGAAGGCUGCGAGACAAGAUUGCUAUGCAGAAUACAAAGAAGGAAAGAUUAAUGAAAAGAAGGAUGAUUGCAGCCUGAUGACAGGUCCUGAAUCAUUGACAAACGAGAUUAGUUACACCGUGAUCGUAAAAAAAAUUGCUGAACCUAACGAAAUGAAAAUGGAGUGCGGAGAAAGUUCAUUGGUAUCGACAAAUGAAUUUAAUGAAAACAACAAAAAGAAGAGUUCGAUUAAAAUUCAUCGUAAAAAGUCAGUGCAAUUCAGUGGUGAACACAAGAUGAUACAGGUCCAAGAAAAUCAUCAGGAUGAUCAGGAAGCUUCUUUCUCGCAGCCUGUUCAACAUAUUCCACAGGAAGUGCCGAGGACGGAUUACCAGAGAAAUUCAGGUGAGGAGUUGGUAACAGUGCCUCCGUCAAACGGAGGACAACAGCAGGAAGGUUGGAAGUUACAACAACAGCAGCAACAACGUCGUGGAGGACAAUUGCAAACGGUUAAUAAAAGAACGCGUCCGACCCCUCCGGUCCCGCCACCCCCGCCGUUAAUAUCUUGCAAGGUCAAUGCCAAGGACAUUGGCAAGUACUUCGAUUGGCCGAACAAGGAGAACACACCUGGAAAUGCGUUGAAUCUUAUUCAUUCGAAGGGUAAUAAUAGAAAGGGAAAGGUUUUUGAUAAGAAGGAUAAAGAAAAAGAGGAAGAAGAAGAAGAGGUGGGAAAAGAGGAGAAAGAGGAGGAAGAGGAGGUGGCGGUGGUGGUAGGGAGGCAAGGUGAGGAGGAAAAAGAAGAAGAGGAAAAGGAAUCGAUCAACGAAAUGGGCUCGAAUCUCAGCAGACACAAUGGCAAAGGCCUAACUGGACGUAGAACACAAUCCUCGGGAAACUUAUGCGAACCACCUAAGGGAAAGUUCAAUGGUAUGGGGAAGAUUCUAGUGCCUUGCUCGAGCAGUUCUCAAAGAGAAAGCAGGUACAAGUUUUGCGGCUCAUUACCUAACCAUUUGGACGACAAGGAUGUCUUGGAUGACGAACGGAGAGAUAACAAUAACAUCAUGUCGGAUACCAUUAGCGGAAACCUCGGAGGAACGCUACCGCACAAGAAACGAUCCUUGGGAGUUCAUUUCUCUGACGGUGGACCCACUGGUGCUUUGGAUCUUGUUAAACAUCGAUCUCAGGAUUCCUUGGACGAGAACGAUCCCUGGAGGUAUCAACAAAGUGAUUUGGACCUAGUCAGAUGUCGUCAUGGAAAUUUUGACUCGGUUAGAAGAAAUCGUAGCGUCGAAACGAUGAUCAACGAAACUAGUAGCAGACGUUACAAUCGUGGAACAUCAAUGGAAGAUAGAUGUCAACGUAAUUCUGACUUGGAUUUAGUUGGUACGCUACCAAAACGCAAACAGGAAAUACGUAGUAUUUUGAACAAAGGUCUUGAUACAACAAAUUCAUCGAGUUCUCAAUUUGUUACGAACAAAUUCGACGUUAGUUCCUCGGACGACGAUUUAUUAAUGCGAAUUGUACAUAAGCCGGAUUGUGAAUUGGUGAAACAUCGACAACAAUUAAACAAGUGCGUUGACCUUAAACUUAGCAAGCUAGUUGGUGCUACAGGAGAACCACAGGAUCAAGGAUACGCUUCUGAACGUUCGCCCGAGGACGAACAUCCUCCUUCGUUGCCUGGACAACCAUUUCCGAGUAUAACACCCGAGAGCACUUUUCGAGUGACGUUACAAAAGAGCAGUCGUGGUUUAGGCUUGAGUGUUUCCGGUGGUGGUACUGCAGGACCCGUCAGAGUGAAGAGGCUCUUUCCUUUACAACCUGCUGCAUUGUCUAACAAACUUCAACCCGGAGAUAUACUUCUCGCAGCCAAUGGAAUUCCUUUAACCGGCUUAACGAAUUACGAAGCACUAGAAGUUUUACGAACGACCCCGAACACGGUCGAGCUGGUAGUGUGCAGACUUCCGGGUGACACAAAUGUUUCUCCACCUGGUGCACCCCCGCCACCCCCAGCCCGUCGUGAACCACCGCCACCAUUACGAAUACCCAAUCCUCUGCCACCACUUCAAAUAGAGCCCUGUGGCGAAUUCGACAUAGAAAUGUUGAAAGUAGGAGGUAGUUUAGGAUUCACCCUGAGAAAAGCUGAUAGUAGUGCAUUGGGGCAUUACGUGAGAGCACUCGUCCGUGAACCAGCUCUCAGCGAUGGUAGAAUUCGUCCUGGUGACAAGAUCGUCGCGGUUGAUGGUGCACCGCUUUCACCGAUGAGCCAUGAAGAAGCUGUGGCCCUCUUGAGACAAUGUGGACCCAAAGUGAAGCUUCGAUUGUAUCGUGAUUUGGCACAAACACCGGUUUCCGCUCUAUCGCCAACCGAACCAGAUCAUCCACUUCGUCCACCGCGAACCUGUUUGAGACAAGAAGCUGUGGAUAUGCUAUGCGAUUUAGCAGCCCGAAAACUAUCGCCAGGUACAUCUAGUGGUUCUAGUUGCUUGCAAUCACCUGGGGCAUCCUGUAAUUCACCGAGAAGACAUCGAAGACUCGCAACGCGUACUCCCACUGCCGAUAACGAUCAAGAGAUCCCGGAGAAGUUUCACGAAGGACAAACAACAUCGAUAGGUAGCCAGGCUGAAACUUCGGAUUCCGAUCAAUGCUCGAUCAGAACUCAAAUAACAAACUCUCAAGCGAAUACACCGAUCUCCAAUACGGACAUAAUCAUAGAUCCACCAUCGCAGUACCACGUAUGCGAAUCAAACGAGUCACCCUUGAGGACUCCAACACGGCCAAGUUUCUUAGAUCUAUCCGCGCCACAAGGGAAACCACAUUUUCAAUUUUGCAGCGGUGACUCCGACGAGUAUCCAGUAGAAACGAUGCUGUUCUCCGAGAAGGAUUCCAGUUCAUUCGAAAAUGAUUAUCGUGGUAAAGAAAUCCGUGGAUUGUCCAGCGACGAACAGGACACCGAUUUACCUUCGGAACCAGCAUCGAUGCCACCGGUACUAUCAUCAACCAGCAGUACCAGUACAGCUGCCUUCAGUUACAAAAAUCCUGCCUAUCAAAGUGCCAAUCCGGCAUGCGGCGUUACUAUUGACACCGCAUCGAAAAGCAAAGUUACGCAUUCGAGCGAUCAAGAUAUACCAGGUAAGAUUCUCGGAACAGAAGAUCCUGCUGGUAGCAAGGGUCUUUUAAAGUGGAAAGGUGUUAUGUUUGCACCAAACGACGAUAUGAACGAAAACGAAAAAGAUGAGAAAAAAGUUGACGACGAUAACAAGGACAAUUUGGACUCGGCUGUAUCUUCUGAAAGUCAGGAUGAACAGGGAAACGAAGUGUUCAUGGUAGAGUUGACACGUGGAUGGAACAGUAGAUUAGGUUUCAGUUUAAAAUCUGAAGACAAUCACACUGUUAUAUCUGUCGUACAUCCAGACAGUGUUGCAGCUAGAGAUGGAAGACUGAAACAAGGAGAUGUAUUGUUAAUGGUCAACGAUGAAAGUGUUGAGAAUAUGACGACGGCUGAAAUAAUAGACUUGUUACGUAAGAUACGUGGUUCUAUAGGUAUCACUGUGAUGAGAAGAAACAAGCAAGAAAAUAACGCGACGUGACAGUAAAUCGAUAAUUGUGGAAAAAAAAUAUUUUAAAAAGGCUCAUCGGAAGAUAAACGAUGACAUGAUUCUUGUAAAUCUUAAGAUACAGAAACGAAUCUGACGUAUAGGAUAUGUUAACGAUCGAACAUCCUUUGUAGAUCGUAAACCUCGUGAUCAAUAAAAAAAGACUGCGUUUCCUAUACA